AUGUUAAAAAUCCUACUACCAACAAUAAUAUUAUUCCCGACUACAUGAUUAACACCUAUAAAAUGGUUAUGACCUGUUUCCUUAACCCACAGCCUUAUUAUCGCCUUACUUAGUCUCACCUGAUUUAAAUGAGAUUCAGAUAUUGGCUGAGAUUCCUCAAAUCAAUAUCUGGCUAUAGAUCCUUUAUCAAUACCACUACUAAUCCUAACUUGUUGAUUACUCCCAUUAAUAAUUAUGGCCAGUCAAAAUCAUAUAUACCCCGAACCCAUUAUCCGUCAACGAAUCUAUCUUACAUUAUUAAUUUCACUCCAAGCAUUCCUUAUCAUAGCAUUCAGUGCAACAGAACUAAUUAUAUUUUAUAUUAUAUUUGAAGCCACACUUAUCCCCACACUCAUCAUUAUUACACGAUGAGGCAAUCAAACAGAACGCUUAAACGCAGGAAUCUAUUUUCUAUUUUAUACCCUAAUAGGUUCACUACCCUUAUUAAUUGCCUUAUUAACAUUACAAAAUAGCCUAGGAACAUUAUCCAUAAUAAUUAUACAAUACUCACAACCUUCAGAACUACUUCUAUGAGCUGACAAAUUCUGAUGAACAGCAUGUAUUAUAGCAUUCCUUGUUAAAAUACCUUUAUACGGAGUACAUUUAUGAUUACCCAAAGCCCAUGUAGAAGCUCCAAUUGCUGGUUCAAUAAUUCUAGCCGCCAUCCUACUUAAAUUAGGUGGCUACGGAAUAAUACGAAUUAUUAUCAUAUUAAAUCCCCUUACAAAAGAACUAGCUUAUCCAUUCAUUAUCCUAGCUAUCUGAGGUAUCAUCAUAACCAGCUCAAUCUGCUUACGACAAACAGACUUAAAAUCCCUCAUUGCUUACUCUUCAGUAAGCCACAUAGGUCUAGUCGUAGGAGCUAUCUUAAUCCAAAUACCAUGAAGUUUUGCAGGAGCUAUUACCCUAAUAAUCGCACAUGGACUGAUUUCAUCUGCCCUAUUUUGCCUAGCAAACACCAACUAUGAACGAACUCACAGCCGAACAUUACUACUAGCCCGAGGAAUCCAAAUUGCCCUACCCCUUAUAACAACCUGAUGAUUCCUAACAAACUUAGCUAACCUAGCAUUACCACCCACACCCAAUCUUAUAGGAGAAUUACUUAUUAUCUCCUCUCUAUUCAAUUGAUCCAACUGAACCAUCAUCAUAACAGGUCUAGGAGUAUUAAUUACUGCCUCUUACUCCCUCUACAUAUUCUUAAUGACCCAACGUGGACCUAUCCAAAAUCAUAUUCCCUCUCUCAUCCCAUCCUAUACACGAGAACAUCUCCUCCUCACCCUUCACCUUCUACCAAUGCUUCUCCUAAUCCUAAAACCACAACUCAUUAUAGGAUGAACAU